AUGUUUCCCGGAGGAUCUGGCUCACAAGAACCAUUUUCUUCCAGGGAUCAAUCAAAUCUGCCAGUCUCAGACUCGAAAUCGAACGUUGGGCUUUCGUCUCCAGUCCAGUUAGUGGAAACUUCUGACUUUUCACAAAGCGUUCUUCCUGGAUCAGGCUCUCCCUGGCCCAUCCAGAACAUUCAGAGUUCUAUUUCUGUUGUACAAAGUGGUUCGCAAUCAACACAAGGAUUUGCACUGCCACUUCCCUCACAACAUUCAACAAAUACCGGCACGAGUCAACCUCCAACUCUUCCAGGCUCGAACUAUCCACUUACAGAGCCAACAGCUCAGUCUUCUAUCGAGGACACAAUUCCUAUUAAACAAGAAAUUGGAUCGCAAGAUCCACGCGGCCUUGGCAUCUCAUCAUACCCCAUGUCAGUAGCUUCAGACACUUAUUUCGCUGGCCCAAUGCAGCAUAAUUCCCACCAAUAUGGGUGGACAAACCGACCUUAUCAGCCUUUGCAACCACCAGGACAAAUGAGCCCGCCAUUUCCAUCUUCACAUCCGUCAUACCCUUCAUCGGGCUAUCCGAUGGGGUAUCCUAGUCACUUAAAUGGGCCGCUUCAUGGAUACCAACAGCAAGAACAUCAAAUACCGCCAUCUUAUCUCGCAGCACCCGGCAAUCUUUCCCGUCAUAGUCAGCCUCGAAGCCCACCUAUCGCUCGUUCCUAUCACACCCAAUCUGCUUCGGGAACUCCUCAGUCAGAGCAGCAUCUCAUGACGUCGCCUCCUUAUAUGAUAAACCAACCUUCCUAUUACUUCCCUGACACAUCGGCUAUUCCACCGCACCCUACCUCCAUCAGCUCUCAACCACCAUCGAUGACUGCUCCGGAUCCAAUCUACUCUUCACCCGAGUCAACCGCCGGUAAAGAUUCUGACCAUCCAAUCCGAGUACUGAGCUUGCGCCCGCGACCGCAAUGCUGGGACCAUGGCUGCAAUGGUCGUGAGUUCUCAACCUUCAGCAAUCUCCUCCGACACCAGCGAGAGAAAUCAGGAGUGGUGGCCAAGGCUGAAUGCCCAAUAUGCGGUGCGGUGUUUACGCGUACGACAGCACGCAACAUCCAUGUUGCGCAGGGCAAGUGUAAAAGCUCAGGCAGGGACUCAUCCGCUGAGUAG